UCUCUUGAACAGGGUUUAUGGGCUAUCCUUUUCUAUAUAAAUGCAGUUUCUCAAUUCCUUAUUUUAUAAGACUAGCAGACUUCGAACAGCUUUAUUCAGUCGUACAUAUGUAUCUUAGUUCCCUUAACGUGAAUUAAAAAUUAUCACAGAUCACAAUAGCAAGUUAAAAUAAGAUUGAAGACAAUUUCAUCUCAUAAAAAAUGAGUCGGUCGUUAGAUGUCACUCAUAUAAAAGAAGUUCAAAGAUCGAAAUCAGUUCAAUUAGUUUGAUAUUAAGCUACCAUGCGCUGAAUCUCAACUGUAGAAUUUCAGCCUUUGUAGAUUUCAGCAAAGAUAGAACCAUUACAGACGUUAGACUGACCAAUCUGUCAUUAUUCUGUUUCAACUAGUAGACCAACAGUUACUUUAUGCAGUACACUUCGAUAAAUUUUCUUAUCUUUCAUAUAACCAUGACAUUAGAUAAUUUAUAUUUGUUAUAGAUGUAUGAUAUUAUUGUGAUGAAGACAUUAACAGUUUAAAAUUUUUUUCAUAAGCAGAAAGGAAUUUUUCAAGCUAUGGUGUGAAGUAUUUUAUCCUUUUAAAAAUGCUAUUUUUUGCCAAUGCUAAUAUUUAAUGUUACCGAUAUUUUCUAGAUAAUAUUAUUCAUGUAAUUGUUGAUGUAAGUAAAAGUUUAUCUAGACAAAUUUUUCGAAACAUUAUCUUAAAAUUAACAAAAUAGUUGACUCAUAUUCAAGAAAUUAUAGUGUAAAAUAUUUUCUUCAUCUAAUAAGUCUUUAAUUCAUCCACUAUUCACUAUGAAAUAUUUCAUAAUUAAUGGAUCAUCACAGACAACAUCUAUUAAGAGUACUUUUGGUUUCAUUUUAUUCGCGUUGGCUUUUAUAUUAGGCUUUCUUCUUGGCUCAAGUUUUAAUGGAACAAAAAGUAAAAUACGUCUUCUAUUUUCGUCAGAUAUAAAAUUAAAUCAAAGAUCAGCAACAAAUAAUCAGAAAUCGAUAAAAUCAUUUAAUUAUGGAAAUAAUUUUACACAUCUUUGGUCAAUGCGUUUAGCUGAUGAAAAUUAUUUUCGUCUCGCCCAACUUCUACCAUGUCGUAUUGUUGAAUAUUCUGGCGGACCAAAAUUAGAUAAACUUGAUUCAUGUGACCAUACAUCAAAAAAUGAAUUCUCAAUACAGAAUACAAUAGAAGCCCAAAAUUGGUUUUAUGAACAUCAACAUCCAAUAAAUUGUACCAAUAAACGUAUUGCUAUUAUUCAGAAUAUUGCUUGGUCCGGUUUUGGAUCAACUGUUCAUCAAAUUGCGUGGGCAUUUGGUAUGGCAAUAGCGGAUAAUAGAAUUGCUGUAUAUCAAACUCCAGGAAAUUGGGUAAAAUAG